CUCGCCGCUCUCCAGCGCCCGCCGCCGCGCGCGCCUCCCUCCGCCCGCUGAUGCAAUCGGAGCCCGCGAGCGGCGGCGGCGGCCCCGGCAGCAGCAGUCCCAGCCUCGGCGGAGCCCGGGCGGGGAUCGGGCGGCGCGCGGUCCGCAUCGCAUCGCGCGGGGAGCGGCGCCGUUCGGCAGCACCAUGAAGGGCUGUCAGAACAAGUGCAUGGCCGGAGGAUGUUCAGAGGAAGCAACAAAGCACAUGACUGAAUCUUUCAAGGCUUCAGACUUGAUUAUCACCCCAGCUACGACUCUCAAGGAAAAACCAGACCCAAGUGGUUUGGUAUUUGGAACUGUGUUCACUGAUAAUAUGCUGACAAUUGAAUGGUCCUUGUCUUCAGGAUGGGAGAAACCUUGUAUUAGACCACUUCAGAACCUCUCCUUGCAUCCAGCCUGUUCAUCUCUGCAUUAUGCUACUGAAUUGUUUGAAGGAUUGAAGGCCUACCGUGGAGUGGAUGGCAAAAUCCGCCUGUUCCGGCCAGGCCUCAACAUGGACAGGAUGGCACGAUCAGCAAGACGAAUGACUCUGCCAUGCUUUGACCAGAAUGAACUGUUGGAGUGCAUCCGGAAACUUGUGGAAGUGGAAAAGGAGUGGGUCCCAUACUCAACUGCUGCUAGCCUGUAUAUCCGUCCUACCUUAAUUGGAACUGAGCCAUCUCUUGGAGUGAAGAAGCCAACUAAAGCCCUACUGUAUGUCAUACUGAGUCCUGUGGGUGCUUACUUUUCAAGUGAAUGCUUUGAUCCAAUAUCAUUAUGGGCAGAUCCGAAAUAUGUAAGAGCCUGGAAAGGAGGAACAGGAGAUUGCAAACUGGGAGGGAAUUAUGGUUCUUCUAUUUGUGCUCAGCAAGAAGCCCUGGAGUUAGGCUGCCAGCAGGUUCUGUGGCUGUAUGGAGAAGAUCACCAAAUAACCGAAGUUGGAACAAUGAAUCUAUUUCUCUACUGGAUAAAUGAGGAUGGAGAAAAUGAACUGGCAACUCCACCUUUAGAUGGCAUCAUCCUUCCAGGAGUGACAAGACAAAGCAUUUUGGAUUUGGCAUGCAACUGGGGAGAAUUUAAAGUGUCUGAGCGUUACAUCACUAUGAGUGACCUGACAGCUGCCUUGGAAGAGAACAGAGUGAAGGAGAUGUUUGGGGCUGGAACAGCUUGCAUUGUAUGUCCUAUCUCCAAAAUUUUGUAUAAGGGCAAGCAUUUGCACAUUCCAACUAUGGAAAAUGGACCUCAGUUAACCACCCGAAUCCUGAAUAAGCUGACUGAUAUCCAGUAUGGAAGAGAAGACAGCGAUUGGACAGUGCUGGUGUCAUGAAGGUGGAAGAGUUCAGACCCUCCCAACAGAAUAAACACAAAUAAUGAUAACUUCUGUAGCUGCCUGUGCGUAGCCUAGUUUCUGCAUCAGUUUGCUCCCUGGGAUGAUUGUUUCCACAAUCCAGUGAAUAUGAACACAAUCGUUUUGUUUUCUACUGUAAUCUUGUUAGUAGAAACCUGUCUUCUUGGUAGAGGUGCUUAAUGUUAGCAAUAGAUCUUUCCUGAUGGUUUUCUUAGUGCCUCCUUGUGUCUUAUGUACAGUCUAAAAACUUGUAAAAUGCUCUUCAACUGCUCUUCAGUUUAUUUGGUUUAUUUUAAUUGCCAUUGCCAGCAGAGCAAGUUGUAUAAAGCAGAGAAAUUGCCUGUUAGUUGUCCACAGGGUUCUAUUGCCAUUAUUCUGCCUUUUGCUCUGUGUUCAAAAAACAAUUAAGUUUAACUACAUGCUCUGUCCUUUUCUAACCUGCUUGUAUGGGAAUUCCUGAAUUUUUGUAGCCUCGCAGAUUCCGUCAUCCAUAUUCUGUCAGAUAAUGACUCCAUCCUGUAGCCCAGAUGCUUAGCAUGGAUCUAGCAUGCAGCAUCUACUUGCUGGCCUGCUACUUUUACCUCUGUGGAGAUAAGCAGAGACUGGUAGGGCAGGACAUACCUCACUAGCAGUUGAAUACAUCCUUCAGUACAUGAUGUCCAGAGCUGAGCCAGACCAUGCUGACACCAGAAUUGCCCUUUGUCUGGCAUAGCGGAGAUCUGGGAGCUGCUGACAUAGUGUCGCCUUCUGGGUGAGUGCGUUGAAAACACAAUUAAACAACUGUGGUUGUAGAAGUUGAACCACUCUUCAUUUGGUUGAAGGGAGAGCAACCAAGCCUUUGGAUUGGGGAUCGAUUAAAUGGAUUUUCCUUCAACAUCCAGCCAAUGUGAUUUAGAUCAGCAAAAAGUUUUCUUGUUCCCUUCACCACUCACAGGACCUUUCUGUUUAAGGAACAAGCCAUGUUGUCAGCAGAAAUUAUCUAGCUCAAGGAGGAAAGGGAUUUAAUUCAAACUCUGUUUUUCAUUUUGAUUAAGUAUGAAGUUAUUCGUAUUCUGCUGCUAUUUGGGCUACAUGCUCUAUAUUACUUCUGCAGUGAGGGAAUUAACUUCUGCAAGGAUUCACUAAGAAAUAGCCUGUAAUAUUUAUUAGCUUUCUUUUUUUGCACGCAGAUUUGUCAAAUAGCUUUAGGAUAUCUCUAGUCAAAAAGAUCGCUAUAUUCUGUAUCAAUAUUCCAAAGUGCUACUUCAAUGUAAAACUGGUGGAACUUCACUGAUACUAACAGAGUUCUGUAAGAAGUGAAAGUAAAACAUUUAUUUCCAUGCUUUGUAGUAGGGGUGCACCAGUAUUAAGGGAAAUUCUUAGCACUUUAUUUUACUUUUUUUUAAAGAAGAUUCAACAGUAUUUCUCAUGCUUUAUAGGUUCUUUGUAAUUACUGACAUUCAUUAACAUAAUUUAUAAAGGCAAAACAUAAUUUCUAAUAGACCACCCAUGCCUUAUUACAGCUGUUGUAGGAUCAUAAUGUAUGGCUUUUAUCUUUAGAUUUUUUGGUGGGGGUUAAAGGCAACCCAUACUUAGCGAUCAGUUACUUUGCUUCCUCAAAUCAUGACUUUUGCUGUCUUUCACUGUGACCCAAUCUGAUUUUUUUUUAAUGAAGAGCAGUUGGAGGUUCUCUCUGGUAAUGUAACUACUGUUAAAUUGUUGAACAGUUUUCUCUUUAGAAUACAACUGCAAGCACAAAAUUUUGUUUCACAGUAGCAAUAGUACUGUGUGUUCACUUUUCUGACCAUCCGAAUCAGUAUAGUGUGCUGGUCUUUGUUCAGUAUCUUAAUAUGUGCUACAAGCUGCUAGUAGUUUUCCAUUUUUCUUUAAGAAGAUGGGUGGAAAAAUAUGUCAAGGUGCAGAGUGGGGUAGGGAGUUUUAUCCAAUGAGGCAAGUGUCGUAACUAAAGAGUGCCUUUAACUAAAGCAUGGCAUGGAGCUUUCUGUUACUGAAGUCUACAGUCCAAACCCUUACAUUCAUCUUGAAUUCAGCAGCGUAACGAAAAGUUGUAAUAAUCUCACUUCAGAUGUGUGGAAAAGUGGAUGUAUGAUACCUUCACAUCACGAAAUCUUGAUCGAGUUGAUGGGUAUCUCAUAUCAAAAAUCCCCAUGAAGGCAUGAUUGUACCAAGGUCACUCUAUUCGCUAGUCAGAAUGAGUAAGGACCAGUUUGAAGAAUUAUUUUACUGUGGUGCAGAUCUUGAAAGUUAAGUAAAGCUCUUCUUAAAUUGGAUGCAAAUAAUUUAAUGUGAGGAAACAAAACAGUUUCAUUUAUUUGGUGUGCACUGCUGCCUGUACUGACCAGGGAGACAUCAUUCCUUUUGUUGCACAUACUGAACUGAUGAAGACUUCAGAAUAAUAAAGUUGAACCUGGAAUGACCCACAGAAAUGCACAGGCUUUUCUAGCUGCAAGAAUUGAAACAUAGUGUAUGUAUAGUCAACUGUUCUUAUCAUUUGGUUACUUGCUUUAUUCUGGCUGUCAACUCAGCAUUGUGGUUGUUGCUAAAUCCAAGUGGAUAGAUUCUAGAUUUUAGACUUUAAAGCCUAAAUAAAGGGAGAUGUCAGGUCAGCAUCAUACAGGAAAUUCUGAUCUUGCGUGCUGUCCUAUCCCACGUUCUGCCACUGUUUUUUAUCCUGUUAACCAAAGGAAAGAAAUAAUACAUGUAAAUAAUUGUGUUUGGUAUUGUGUUCUUCCUAUUUUUCCCUGUAAGAUUUAGGAGGGAGCUGUGGAAUUCCCUGAGCUAGUAAUAGAUUGUAAAAGAACAUCUGCACAUCUCUCUUCCAUGUGCCCUAUUUGUUUAAUUGCAGCAAAUUUACAUAGAAAGUGAAUAGUACAUCAUAACUAGGCAAUUAUCCAUUCUUACUCAGUUAGUUAUGGUUCUGUUAAUUGAUCAUUUAAGAUUUAAGAUAAUGUAACAUUAGAAUUUGAGAUUGUUCAAAGAAGAUCAACAAAUUCAUAUUGUUGUCUGAUGUUUGCAUAAUUGGUUGCAAUUAUUUAAUGUCUAGCUGGAUUGAUCAAUUGAGACUCAGCCUUUUCACAUUUGUGCUUUACAAAUUCUGAUCCUUUAAAAUGAUAAUGAUGAACUCUAAUUUUCAUCUUUCUUUCCCCCUUCAUUGUUUUGAUUAUUAUUUUCAGUAUUCAGAGUGACCUUAAUUUUCAGUUUGGUGAGUAUGAUUUAGGCUUGGGAAAGAAGUCCUUCAAAUGAGAGAACAUCUCAUAAAAUUGGCAUUUCAUGCAGGCUGUUCUGAUGGCCAAGAGUUAUGGUAUCAGCAACUGGUGUUACUUAACUAGAGCACUAAUGAAGGUCCCUGCUUAGAAUAGAUAAUCUGUUCAGCCCAUAGUGGUGCAAAGCGAACAUGACUUUUCUGGGGCGUAGAAAGGAAAUCUGACAAGACAAAAGCCAAGACAGUGAGAGAUCUCUCCAGCCACCUAGUUUACACCUGCCCGACUAUCUCAAUCCAAAAAGGAGUUGUCCUCCAUUGCUCUUUCUUAGAUAAACUCUUGUCUAGGGUGUACCUAAUUCAUUAGGGAGAUAUAAAUUGAUCACUCCCGUAUACUUACUUUAUACUUACUUUUCCACAGGCGUGAACACUGGUGGUUUGGAAAAAAUGGGUAUUUGCAAGGGUGAUUUGGAAUGUGAGUUCUUUGAAAUAUCUGUGUAAUACAUAGAUUUCCAAGGAGAGAGAGAAACAGCUGGGAUCACAGAUGAUCCCUUAGCAGCCUGUUUAAAGGAGAAACUCUCUUGAAUUCAGUGUCCUCUCCAAAACAACGUACAGAAUCUCAGCAGAUUGCUUACAGUGAACUGUCUCUGGAUGGUGCCCAGCUGCAAAGUAGAUCACAAAGAUGGUAUCCCAGUCUUUUCGACUAUGGCUACGUCAGACUUUUCUCUCUGUAUGGGAAUCACCGUACUAAUAGUUGUGAUGUCCCAGUGGCUUGUAUACUGAGAGGUGGGCAGGCAUAAAUGUUGGCUGAGUACAUCCUGAAAUCAACCAUUCUUUUCUGUCUUUUUCUCCUUUCCACAUAGAUUUGCAAACCCUUUUCCCCUUACUGUCCUAUUGUACUGUCACAUAAUUUCAUGGUUAUAAUGACCAUUUAAGCAAAUUGUGCGUUGGUUUUGUUUUUAGCAGUGGUGACAAUUUACUAACAAAAAAAAAAGUGUUGUAUUCAUCUUGCAGGUGUGAUCAGGGAUCAGAAUUGCGCUUUACAAUCUGAAUGUGUAAUGAUUGAACAGACUGACACUGACUCUGUGACCCUGAACAAAGAAGUUCUAAUUUCUUUGUAAGUGCAGAGUAGUAGUAAUACCAGUCAUAUUGCUUUUAACUCUAAUCCAAAGUUAUUUUAUUACAGAACAAAUAAGCUUCCCCAAAAGCUUUCUAAGCAGCAGAGAAUGAUGCAGUGUACAGUACAGUACUUCUAAUGUAGAAUCAUUAAACUGCAGCUGUUCUGAAGGGACACCUUGUAGCAUUGAGACAGACUUCUUUAAUUAUCUUGGCUACAAAUUUUGUGAAUUGCAUUCUUCAGCAAUUGGAAGAUGUCAAGCCUCUGUUUUACUGUGUUUUAUCACUACCUUCAAAAUUUGGAAAAAUAAUUUAUAAGUUUUGAAUCAUUGUUGAGCUGAGUCACUUCUUAAUUAAAUAUAUCGGUAGUUGUAGUCAUAAUAGCAAAAUAGAUUACUAAUACUGCAUUGGUGGAAAACCAUGUUGCUGCUGUCAUUCUGCUUAUGCCUUGCUUUCAGCCUAAUAGUUAUUUGAAACUGUUUUCUCUUAACCAUGCAAAAUCUCAGUGCUGUCUAUGGCAAAAUUAGCAAAUAUGUCUAACUCCAUUAACAAAACUUCUGCUUUACUUUGAGCUUCAUCAGUCAAGUACAUUAGGACCUAGGUGUGCAGCAAUACUGAAUUAGAGUAGUCAAGCCUUAGGCAUAUAACAAAAUUAGCGUUAGUAGCUGAGAUGGAAAUAAAUAUCUUUGACCACACUAGCAAGGUUUACCAUACCCAACAUUUCUGAAUAGUGAUAUUUAAAGUUACUAGUAGAAAUAGAAAUAGAAUAGUAGAAAUAGCUAAAUUUUUGUGCCUGUCUUUGAACACGAGCUUACACUGUUUUUUGCUUAUCACAAAACUUAAUUUAUUGUGUCUUAUUUCUAGCACAAUUCCUAAUUCUCAUGCCAUGCUUUAAAAAAAAAAAAAAAGAAAGAAAGAAA